AUGGGUUCUCUUUCUGGUUUCCCCUGUUCUUUAUUUUUAGUACUGGUGUUAUUAGAACUGUUGUUACUCCAUGCACAAUCGAAAACACACCCGGAUGAUGUAGAAGUACUGAAACAGAUCAAAGAAAGCGUCGACCCGAAAUCAGUGAACCCGGGUUCUUGUUUAGGUUCAUGGGAUUUUCAAGUAGACCCCUGUGACAGCGUUUUCAGCGACAAAUUCAUCUGCGGGCUCAGGUGCGACGUUGUUUCACCGGAGGGAAGCCGAGUCACCGAACUGACUCUUGACCAGGCGGGUUAUUCCGGCUCAUUGAGCUCCAUUUCCUGGAACUUACCGUACCUUCAGAAGCUGGAUUUAUCAGGGAACUACUUCACCGGAGCAAUCCCGGAAUCGUUCUCGCAGUUACCACAGCUUCAGCAACUGGGUCUAUCCCGGAAUUAUUUCUCAGGUUCAUUGCCGGAAUCUCUUGGCGCUCUUUCAAGUCUCCAGGAGCUGUACAUCGACAAUAACAACCUUGAAGGCCCAAUCUUGUCAAGUUUCAACGCAUUAUAUAAUUUAACAAGGCUCGAGCUCCAAGGCAACAAGCUCAGCGGCGCGUUUCCUGAACUUAGCCAGCUCAACAGCCUCAAUGUCAUCGACGUCAGCAACAAUGCCAUCUCCGGCGAGCUCCCGGCGAACUUCCCGGCGUCCCUGGUCGAGCUUUCCAUGAGGAACAACAGCUUGGUCGGAGCCAUUCCGGCGAGCUUGAGCAACGUGGUGUACUUGCAAGUCUUGGACCUGAGCCACAACGGAUUCGGCGGCAUAGUUCCGGCGAGUUUGUUCACUCACCCCUCACUGGAACAGUUGACUCUGUCGUUCAACGAGCUGGAAGCGGUUGAGGCUCCGGGAGAUUCGGGUGUGAACAGCCAGCUGAUAGCCGUUGACUUGAGUAAUAACAUGAUCCGUGGGUUUUUACCCGGGUUCAUGGGCUUAAUGCCCAGAUUAUCGGCGUUAUCACUGGAAAACAAUCAGUUCUGGGGGAUGAUUCCGGCCGAAUACGCGGUGAAGGUUAUGCUGAGUCCGGGUCAAGAGGUGGCACAAUUUGAGAGGCUGUUGCUAGGCGGGAACUAUCUAUUCGGAGCCAUCCCGGGUCAGUUCUUGGGGUUGAAACCGGGUUCGGUCACGAUUAACCUGGGUGAUAAUUGCUUGUACCGAUGCCCCUUGAGAUUGUUCUUUUGUGAUGGUGGGCAGCAGAAGUCUUUAAUGCAAUGCAAGGCCUUUGCCCCAUUCAUUCCGUAA